AUGGCUCAUAGAUUCCCAAGGGCGGAUCACUUAACGAAUGAAGAGGUGGAUUACGAAUUGAUUCUUAGGAAUAGGGAAGAGGAAACGAGAAGUGAUUUGGAGUCGAAACAAAGAUUAUUGAGGAAUCUUUUCUUUGAUGAUGUGAAAGAGGAGAGGGAAUAUGGAUCGAAAAGUACGGUGGAUCAAGUUUUUGAUUUUAUUCUGGGAAAAAUUGGUUCUAUUGAAAAACAAUUGGAGAAAGGACCGGAUGAUAGGUGUAUUUCUCGUUUGAAACAUUAUUCGUUGAGAGUUGGGCGGUUGCAGGUUCGUGGGCCGCAAGGCGAACAAUUGAAAAAUCGGCUAGAAGGAGAAAUUAAUGGUUUAUUGAGCAAAUUUAGUGGGAAGAAAACUACAGAGGACAGGCAUUUAAAAAAGAACACAGUUAACACAGAAACUAGUAACAGUAGCACAGAUGGUAAAAAUGUAGAGAAAGAGACGGGAGCGGAGUCGUUGGAAUUUAUGAAACAAAAAAAGAAGAACAAGCAACAAGAAGAGGAAAUAGGAGAAAGUGUGGAGAAGGAGUUGAGGAAACAAUUAGAAGAACAGAAAGCGAAAACAAAAUCAUAUGAGUCUAAAAUUCUGGAAUUACAAGAGAAACUGGAUAAGUUUUGUAAGCUGGUCGACAAUUCUAGUUUAGAACAAGGGAAUGCAGUCAAAGAUGUUGAGACUUAUAACAAUCUGAUCAGUGACUCCAAACGAUUCACGAGAAUGGAGCCAUAUCAGGAAAGACAAGAACAAACCCGACAAGACGGAUUAAACAAUUUUGAGCAGUCAAGGUACGAUCGUUUCAAUUACAGGAGAGAAGAGGAGAGGCAAAGAGGUGAAGGCGUCAAUCACACGGAUGGUCAACAAAGUUAUCAGAUGGGGCGGCAAGGAGGAAGGUAUGCAUCGUGGCAGCAGUCAGCCCAGAUAAGCGAAGAUGAGUACGAGAUGAACAGAUGGGAAGAUGAAUGUCCAAGACGAAACACUAAUCCACUAUAUUUGGAACAAAGGCAGAGACAUGGGGAUAUACUACGAAGUAAUGUAGCCCAGCAACCAGGAAGGUUUCAGGAAUCGUAUGCUGAACACUAUCAGGCAAAUCAACACGAACGGUGUAGAAUUAGGACAAUAGAGGACGAGGACGAGAAGGUAGAUUAG